UAAUGAAAACAUUUAUCUUAUUAGGAUUGUUAUCUAUCACUUUUGCAGUGAGUAUUAGUAAUCAAGGCACUUUAACAAAUCCAACAUCAAGAGUGGAAAGAAUAAUGACUAAGUUUAUGCAAUUAAGUGAGAUGAGCACACAAUUUAACUUUAAUAAACUUUUUGAUGCUAUUGACUAAUUGAGUGCUUAAUUAAAAGUAUUUUUGUAUAUAUUAUAUUGAUAGCAAUCAGAAGUAGAUGAGAACAAUCUGUUUGAUGCUGAUUUUGCUUAAUAUGUUGAGGAUUAAGCAUUUUAUACAGAUUUAGUUACUUUCUACACAGCUGAAGUUGCCUAACAUACAGAGGAUUUAAGAUCAUUAAACAAUCAUUUGGAAUCAUAUUAACAAUAAUUGACAUAAAGAUAAGAAGAAUUAGAUAGAACUCAAAAAUAAAAAGCUUAAUUAGAAGAGACCAUUAGAUAAAAUGAAAUUACUUACAAUAAAUAAAUUAGUGAUUUCAAUACAGCAAUAGAUGUUUUAGAUUAAGCUAUUUAAUUAUUAUCUGGUUUAAGAAGUAACUUCAUAAUAAUAUAAGUAGAUCCUGUAUUAAUUUAAACUGAAUCAGAUUAACUUAAGACAUUAGCUAAUAAAUUAAAUUCAAUCAAUUUGAAGAAUCACAGAGUAUUAUAUUAACCAAUAAUUGAUAUCUUUAUGUAAAUUGCAUAAAAUAAGUAUCAAUAUUAAAUCAUAAUUAGUUUGGCUAAUUAAGAUCUACUCAAAAAGGUGCUUAGUAUGUUGAAUGGACUUAGAAACUCAUUAGAUGGAGGAAGAAAUGCAUUAACUAGCAAUUACAAUAGUGAAAGAGCAUCUAAUUUGGAAUUAUUAGAGACUUACAAUAAGAAGAUCGAUGCUCUCGUUAAUGAAGUCAUUCCAAUGUUAUAAGAUUUAAUUGCUAAUACUAUUGGUAUUUAUAUAUUUGAUUACUCUUUUUUAUAGAAUAAAUUAAGGUGAAGACAGAAUUAUUGAAUAAUGCUUAAGCUAAUUUAGAUGAAGCAAAAGAAACCUUAUAAUAUAUUGAAGAUAGAUGGGUUAAAAGAAAAGCUUAACAUGCAGCAUUGUUAGCAGAAUAUGAGAAAGAAUAAGCACUUAUAGCUUAAACUAUAACUGUUUUGCAAAGAGGUGGUGUAAGAAGAUAAUGAU